AUGGUUGCUGAAGCUAUAGACUAUAGAGUUUCUAGAAUUGUGAUUUUAUGUAAGGAUUGUGGUCAGGAUGCUGGACUCUAUCCUGCCAGACACAAAUGUGGUCAAUUAGACCCGCAUACUUUACAAGGAUUUGAUAUACAAAAUAGUAAUGAUGAAGGUAUCUGGGGAAAGCUUAAAGCGAUUCAAGGAAAUUCAAAUUUAAUGACCGGAUUUUUAAAUUCUACCAAGCAUAACAUCAAUGAAGAUUCGGAUAACGAAUCAGAAAAAGAAGAUUGGGAAGGCGAAACACAUGUUUCUCGAAUUUUGAGAGAAUAUUAUGAGAAAAAGUCUCGUAAUAAUAAAAUUACAAACAACGAAAUCAGCAACAAGGAUAACAACGAGAAUGACAAUAAUAAUUCAUAUUUGCAAAUACCUAAUCAUAAUAAAUCAAAUCCAGUAUCAACACCAUCGUCAUCACCUUCUCCAAUAAUCACCAGAAAAGUAUCAAAAUACCAAAAUAAUAGAAACCAUAGAAUAUAUGACUCAAUAGAAUCUUCUAGUUCAACCGAAUCAUUAUCAUCCAUAAAAUCCAACCCACCAAAAUCUCCUAAAUUACCUCCUAAAUCUCCUAAAAGAAAUACCAUUAGUACUAACAAUGCUGUUUUCACAAAUGAUUUAAUAAACAGAAAUCAAAUUAACAUUUAA